UACCACACAGAUCCAAAACAGCGCACCAAAUUUUUUAUAAAAAAAAAUCCUUCCCAAAAAUCCCCUGAUACCACUCUUCCCUCACCGCUUGAACACUACCCUGAGCAUCACCAUCGAACAUCCACCAUGGGCUCUGUCGGCAUUGAGGAUGACUAUGUCCCCAACGAGGACUUCCAAGUCCUCGAUGACUGCCGUCCAGACGAUGAUUCCCUCCAGGCAUUCAUGGUCUCCAAGCCUCGUGGUUUUUUACCCCGUGCCAACCCUAUCUGGCAACUCCCCCCAGAGUUUCAGCCCCUCGAGGAUAUCCUCCAGGCUAUGCCCGUCAAGACAUCGUCGGGUGAGCCAGGCCUGCUCGCCAAGAGCAAGCUUGGACCUACCGUCGACGCAGACUUUCCAGACUUGACCUGGGCUGUCGACAAGUACAAGGAGAACAUGCCCUUAAUGAACGCCCUGUACCGAGACUACUCGUUCUUGUUGUCGGCGUACCUCCUCGAGCCCUGCCACGAAAGGUUCCUCAGGGGUGAGCCGUAUGGUUUGGGGAGGCAGACCUUACCGGCUGUCAUUGCUAGACCCAUGGCUAGGGUUGCAGAGUUGACUGGCUUCCUCCCUUUCAUGGAGUACGCCGGCUCGUACGCCCUCUACAACUACAGGUUGGAGGACCCAGCUAAGGGCAUGGAUUACGAUAACCUGCGUCUUAUCCGUGCCUUUGAGCAUGGUCUCGACCCCAAGUCAUCCGAGGCCGGCUUCGUGCUCGUGCACAUCGACAUGGUGAAGAGCUCCGGCCCUCUUGUCUCUGGUGUCGUCGAAGCCCUCCAGGCUGCGCACGAGAGCCGUGAGGCUCUCAAUGAUGCCAUGAGAAAGAUGCUGGGCGCCAUGAUCAAGAUCAAUGCCACUAUGGAGACGAUGUGGAUGAAGUCCAAGCCUCUGGACUACACCACCUUCCGCACAUUCAUCUUUGGCAUCACUAGCCAGUCCAUGUUUCCCAAUGGUGUAGUGUAUGAGGGCAUCAAUGACGGCAAGCCUAUGUCCUUCCGUGGCGAGUCGGGCGCCAACGACUCUAUGAUCCCCACGAUGGACAACUUCCUGCAGAUCCCCAUGCCCGAAACCCCCCUGACGGAGAUCCUCAAGGACUUCCGCAAAUACCGCCCCUCCAACCAUCGUGCGUUCCUCAAGCAUGUCCGUGACAGGUCCAUCGAGGUCAACAUGCGCGAGUUCGCCCUGCAGCUGUCCAACGCGGACCCCAAGGCCGAGCAGGACGAGGAGGUAUGGGAGUCGCGGCGGCUGUGGCUGCAGCUCCUCAACCAGGUGCGCGACUUCCGGUGGCGGCACUGGUGCUUCGGCAAGGAGUACAUCCUCAAGAUGACGUCGCACCCGACGGCCACGGGUGGCAGCCCCAUCAUCACCUGGCUGCCGAACCAGCUGAGCGCGGUGCUGCGGGAUAUGAACUUUGUCGCGGGCCAGAUCGGCGAGGAGAAGCUCGGGGGAAAGGUGAGGGAUAUCAUGGACCUUGUGAGGAGGCAGGAGGACACGCUGAAGAAGGAGGUGGCCAAGUACUGCGCCGAGAGAGGAGAGGGAGAGAAGGGGCAGUGA